CUCAUGAAAAACCUUUAGCUUUAUUAAUAUUAGCUGUUUUUCCUUUUGUUUCGUUUUCUCAGGUCAUCUUUUGUCUGUGCCUUUCUUACAUAAUUUCAGAAACCCUCUUUGGAUCUUUUAUCAGUGCUUGAUUAUGCCCCUUCACCCUUUCUUAAUUCACAAACUUUUCUUUCAUACAUAUAGGUUAGUUUGAAAAUAUAUUUGCUUGUGUGUGUUUCAAAAUGAAAAUUUUCAGAGAAGCAACGAGUUGGGUCUUCACUGGUUGCUUUAAUUUCAUUCCACUUAGUUAUUAGUUAAAGAAGUAUGCAGAUGAAGUUAGCAGAGUGAAAACCUUGCAGACAGUAGAAAAUGAUGCCAGGCAAUGGACAGUUAACAGUUCCUCCUGGCUUCAGGUUCCAUCCUACUGAUGAAGAGCUUCUCUAUUAUUACCUGAGGAAGAAAGUUUCUUAUGAAGCCAUUGAUCUUGAUGUCAUAAGAGAAGUGGAUCUCAACAAACUUGAGCCUUGGGACCUCAAAGACAAAUGUAGGAUUGGUUCAGGGCCUCAGAAUGAGUGGUACUUCUUCAGCCACAAGGAUAAGAAAUACCCAACAGGAACAAGAACAAAUCGAGCAACUACAGCUGGUUUUUGGAAAGCAACUGGAAGAGACAAGGCCAUAUACCACACUAAUUCCAAGAGGAUUGGCAUGAGGAAAACCCUAGUUUUCUACACUGGUCGUGCUCCUCAUGGCCAGAAAACUGAUUGGAUCAUGCAUGAGUAUCGCCUUGAUGAAGAUGAUGCUGAUGUUCAGGAAGAUGGGUGGGUGGUAUGCAGGGUUUUCAAAAAGAAAAACCAGAAUCGAGGUUUCCAGCAAGACAUUGAAGAAGAAGAGAACUUAACCCACAUGAGAACAAGUGGUCCUUGCCAUGUUCUGGAACCAAAACAUCAUAUGCAAGGAGGAUUAUAUGACUACAACUUUGACGGCACAAUGCAGCUUCCACAGUUGUUCAGUCCAGAAUCAGCUGUUGCACCAACCACUACUUGCUUGGCGACAUCCAUGAAUGCCAUGGACAUCCUUGAGUGCUCUCAAAACCUGUUGAGGCUCACAACUAAUGGGUGUGGACUGAAUCUUAUGCAGCAACAGGGAGAGAGGUUCAGUGGUGAUUGGUCAUUCUUGGAUAAGCUUCUAGCAUCUCACCAUGGCAUGGAUCAUCAUCAGCAUCAUCCACAAAGCAAAUGUAACCCUCCCACUCACCAUGCUGCAACUUCUGUUGGCACUUCAGCUCAGAAAUUCCCAUUCCAUUACCUUGGCUGUGACACUCAUGAUAUCAUGAAAUUUUCCAAGUAGGGUUUUUCAUUGCAUUCAUAUAUGCUCAUACUUAAGGUGAUGAGGUGAGAAAUAUUUGGUUCCUAAGUAUGUGUAAUAUGUAGCAUCUUGUUAGAUACUCAUUGAGAUUCCACUCAUUAAUUUAGUUAUUUCUUGAGUAUCAAUUGUAUA